AUGGAUUCUUUUUCCAAAAAAGUCAAGACUUUUGACGCUUUCCCCAAAGUUGAUCCGCAGCACCAGGUGCGGUCACAGCGAGGAGGGUACUCGACACUUUUAACCUAUUUUUUUGGGCUACUCAUACUAUGGAUCGAGGUGGGAGGGUUCAUUGGCGGAUACGUGGACAGACAAUUUCUCGUUGACAAUGUCAUACGAUCAGAGUUGACCAUCAAUGUCGACAUGAUCGUGGCCAUGCCCUGCGAGUUUAUCCAUACCAACGUGGAGGACAUUACACGCGACCGCUUUUUAGCUGGCGAAACCUUGAAUUUCGAAGGGUUGAAUUUCUUUAUACCGCAAGGGUUCAGGAUGAACAACCCCAACGAUUUCCACGAGACACCAGAGUUGGACGCGGUGAUGCAGGAUAGUCUACGCGCUGAGUUUCGGCUGCAAGGACAGCGAGUUAAUGAAGAUGCUCCCGCGUGCCACAUCUUUGGCUCGAUCCCCGUGAAUCAAGUCAAGGGCGAUUUCCGCAUCACAGGCAAAGGCUUUGGCUACCGUGACCGGCUGCAUGUGCCCAUCGAGGCACUCAAUUUCACGCAUGCGAUUCAAGAGUUUUCCUUUGGUGAGUUUUUCCCCUUUUUGAGCAACCCGUUGGAUGCCACGGGGAAAAUCACACCCGAGAAUUUGCAGGCGUACGUUUAUCACGCGCAAGUUGUGCCCACGGUUUAUGAAAAAUUGGGGUUGCAAGUAGACACCAAUCAGUACUCGUUGACGGAGAACCAUUAUGUUAUCAAGAUUGAUGAGGUGUCGAAACGAGCUCAGGGGGUACCGGGUAUCUAUUUCAGAUACGAGUUUGAACCUAUCAAAUUGACCAUUACUGAAAAGAGGAUCCCCUUUUUGCAGUUUAUCGCAAAGAUUGGAACUAUCGGCGGCGGUAUACUUGUUGCCGCGGGUUAUCUUUUCAAACUAUAUGAGAAGUUGUUGCUACUAGUGUUUGGCAAAAAAUAUGUCAACCAAGGCCAGGAAAAGAAGGACGGAGGCUUGCUAGAUAAAAAAGUGCCAAAGAUGUCAGAAUAG